AUGGCAUCCAGUGUUCUGUCAGGUGAUCAGCUAAACUUCACUCGUAUAGUAAUAGCAUGUGUGGACGAGAUAAAGGUAGUGUUGGCUGACAUACUUUCGUGUGAAAUUAAACCCGGGGAUUUGCCGAAAGCCAUUCGAUCCUGCUCAAAUUUGAUAACCGGAAUGUUCAAACUGAGAACAGAGCAAAUGAAUAUUUGUUGUCCGUCUCCUUCAGGUGCACCAGACUAUUACAAAUUUGAUGUUACUUUAUUGUAUGCACUCAUAAGAAACUUAUGCCCACAACUGAAACCAACUCAAGGCUGGGGUAAAGCUCCUUCCAUAAAAGAUAUGCAGAUCGGGGAUGACAUUGAGCGCCUUAGAGAAAUUAGGAAUACCAUGCAUGCACAUGUUAACUCCUCAAAAGUAGAUGAUGCAACAUUUUCUUCACAUUGGCAAAAUUUGCCUCGCAUCACAAUCCGUGGAAAUGCUAAUGUUGUUUGUGGCAACAAUACCUCCUUUGAAGCCGAAUUGGACAUGUGCUCAUCAUCAAAUAACUGGCCAGUCACGUGGGAAAAAAUCAUAGGCAAUAAAACAGAACAAAUCAACAUUAAUGGAGAUAAGUAUAAAGGGAGUUCCACCAUGCGUUUGAUAAUACCUCGUGUGUUGAAGGAAGACCAGGGUGAAUACAGAGCUUUUGUAGACCGGGAGAAUAAUGGAACACACAUAAAAAUACCAAGCAAUUCCAUACUUUUGACAGUUUUAGGAGAAAAACCCAACUUGGAGAAACUGAGUUUAAGUAAAGAGCAAAAUGACAUCAAAAUUAUCUGCAAGUUCAGAGUAGAUGAACAAACCCCAAAUGCAGAUCAAAUUCUGUGGGAAAAGAAUGGACAAUCCUUACAAAACUGUCUUAGAAUGCAUGUUGAUCAUUCCAAAACAGACAGUACUUUAACAAUCAGUCGAGCAACAGGAGACGAUUUUGGUGAAUACAGUUGCAAUGUGUCUAAUGCUGUAGGGACUUCCAAAGAGUGCAUUGUUCUAGGAAUAUCAGUAGUUACAGCAAUUAAAGAACUGAGUGUCCCUUUUGGAGAUUCAGCGCUUAUUCAGGCCAAAAUAGUGUCUUGUCCACCUGUUGAGAACAUUUCGUGGCAGAAAAGUACAUCUGGGGAAUCUCAUGCAGAAAAAUUCCAAACUAUAAACGUUAAUUUAUCUAAAUAUUCUGGAACCACAUUAGAUUCGACAAAUCCGAAGUUAGUCAUACGACAAACAACAUUUCAGGACAGAGUUUUUUAUCAGCUUCUGGUAUCAAAUGGUAUCGGAAGAUGUGUUAGUAGCAGUACAUUUCUAGACGUAAAAGGAUCCCCUCCAAAUGUGUUCACCGGUCAUGAAACUAAUUUUCAAAAACAAAGUGUUAAGCUGAAGUGCAAC